AUGAAACCAAUACCGUCCUGCCACGUGAUGGCCAUGCCAUAUCCCGGCCGCGGGCACAUCAACCCGAUGAUGGACCUCUGCAAACUGGUGGCCGGAAAGAGCAGCAGUAUUCUAAUAACCUUCGUACUGACAGAGGAGUGGCUCGGCUUGAUUGGCUCCACAGCCAAGCCAGAUAAUAUCUGCUUCGCCACCAUUCCAAAUGUUAUACCGUCGGAGCAUGCUCGAGGAUCCGACCCGAAUGGAUUCGCCAUGGCUGUGGGGAGUAAAAUGGAAGAACCGUUCGAGCGGCUCUUGGACGAGCUUCAGCUUUCUCCGACGCUGAUUAUCGCUGACGCUGUUGUUCCUUGGGCGGCUGAUGUAGCUUCUAGAAGGAACAUUCCGUUAGCUGUGCUCUGGCCGAUGUCGGCGUCGGUGUUUUCGAUGGUUUACCAUUUUGACCUUCUGGUUCAGCACGGCCACUUUCCGGUCAAUGUAUCUGGAAGGUAUGGUCAACCAGAAGAAGUAGCUGGACUGGUUGAAUUCUUAGCCCUCAAUCCGGCUGCCGGUUACAUCACUGGACAGAAUUCUACUAAUGAAGCUAUUCUAGCAAGUGUUCCCUUGCUUACGUUCCCUAUAUUGACGGAUCAAGUUCCAAAUGCUAAGAUGAUUGUCGAAGAUUGGCAAAUUGGAUGGAAGGUGAAGAGAGAAUUCGAGAAAAAAAACUUGGCAAAACGAGAUGAAAUUGCACUUCUUGUGCAGAGAUUUAUUAACUCAGAGAGUCGAGAGAGGAAACAACUUAUAGAAAAGGCUAGAGAAAUUGAACAAGUUUGUGAAAAAGAAGUUGCAGAUUGA